AUUAGAAAUAUAUAAAUUUUAACUAAUAAGAUAUUUGUUUUAAUAAUUAAAUUUUAAAGUGUUGUCAAUCAUAAGUUCAUGGGAAAAGUGAAUACAUUUAUAUAUUUGAUGCAAUGAAAGUAUUUGUAUAUUAGUGUAUAAAUAUCAAUAUUUUUACUUACAUACAUAUAUGGAUUGGAGUGUUUGUAUAUGUGUUUAUCUUAAUUCCGACUACAAUUCUACUUGUAAAAAACAAUUGUUACUGAUGGUUGUAAUUUUUUUUUGGCAAAUUUUUACCAGAGGAUCGAAAUGGAUUGCAACCUGAAGUAAAGAAAAUUUUUAUGUGGAUCUUUUAAUGAUUUGUAAUCUAAUCAUAUAAAAUGGGUACGACGAUGGGAAAAAAUGGUAAUUUCCUGGAUGCCUUACCAUCCCAGGGUACAUUACACGUCGUAAUGUUGGGUCUUGAUUCAGCUGGAAAAACCACUGCUUUGUAUAGAUUAAAAUUUGACCAAUAUUUGAAUACUGUUCCCACUAUUGGUUUUAACUGUGAAAAAGUCCAAGGAAUGGUGGGUAAGGCAAAAGGAGUGCAGUUUCUGGUGUGGGAUGUGGGAGGACAGGAAAAACUAAGACCUCUAUGGAGGAGUUAUACACGCUGUACGGACGGUAUUCUUUUUGUAGUAGAUUCUGUAGAUGUAGAGCGUAUGGAAGAAGCUAAAAUGGAACUUAUGCGCACUGCAAAAUGCCCUGAUAAUCAAGGCGUUCCAGUCUUAAUAUUGGCUAAUAAACAAGACCUACCUGGUGCACGCGAACCUAAAGAAUUGGAAAAGCUUUUAGGAUUGCAUGAACUGCUUUCACCAAAUUCGUUGAAUAUACGUUCAGUUUUAAAAUCCUGUUCCUCAUCAACUGGCAACAUUGUCGCUUCCGCAAAAGCCACAGAAAAUGAAAACGAAGAUUACGGUUAUGGGGAAAUAGGAAUUGGGAACACAUCUUCGGCAGUUAUAAAUUCAAAACUAUCUUCAUCUUCACCAUCCAAUCAACAAAAUACCCGCGUAAUUAAUGACAUUAAAAGUAAAGCGCCCUCAUUACAAAAUUAUUCAUCAACUUCAUUGAUAGACUCCUAUCAUUACCAACAACAACAGCAACUUAAAUUAAACCAACAACAUACUUCACAAAAAUCUCUAGUACCACAUGAAUUACAAACUACAUUAGUAACGCAUCAGUCCUCUCCAUCCUCAUUAGUAUCUACUCCAACCUCAUCAAAUAUGCCCAGCAGCUGUACCAUCACUAACAAUACUAGCCAUUAUAAUGACAAUAUUUCGAAAUUGACGUCAUCUGCCACAACAUCUAAUAUAAAUAAUUCAACAACAAUAUUUCAAAAUAGCAACACAAAGACGUGCACCAAUACUAGCAGCAUUUCAACUCAAUACAAGGGCUGGUAUAUACAACCAGCAUGUGCUAUUACAGGCGAAGGACUACAAGAAGGUCUUGAAGCUUUAUAUGACAUGAUUCUAAAACGUCGUAAAAUUCAAAAAAUCCAUAAGAAGCGACGGUAAUAUUUAUCAAAACCGGACAUAUAUUGUAAAUCAUGUUAAAUAUUUAAGAAUGAAAAUAAUAAUAAUAAUAAUAAGUAAAAAACUUAAUAUGGUCAAUGCUAUGAACGCUAUGAUUUUUAAUGAAA